UCAAAGCUUCUGCAAGUGUCCGGAGCUCCGGCUGGAGCAGAGCCUGCAGCUGCUCUUGGGCUCUCCUGCUGCCGCGCUCCCUUGAUGGGCCGGAGCUUUGCUCUGGGUAGCGAUUUGGAGAAGGAUUCUUUGGGCUAGUCUUCUGGAUCCGUCCUCUCCCUGCCUGCUCAGCACUUCGCUGCCUUCAGAACCACCCGGCUCGCCGGAGAGGUGGGGUUGGCCUUGUCUUGAGGCUCUGAAGUGACCUGCCCUGCUAGGAGGAGACUCCUUUGGCACGUUGGGGAGUGUUUGAUACUGACACUAUCCCCUCCCUCCCCGUACUUUCCAUCCUUGCUUCAGACGGAAAAUGAAUGAUCUCAGCCUGUCUGUGGAAUGGAGUCAGCUGGCACCCAGCAGAGCCUGAAGGAGCCUCAGAAGCUGAAGUGUGAACUUUCUUCUCCUCUGCAAUGUUAUAAGCUGCCCAGCGGUUCUCUUUGUGGUGCCAGCCUCUCUGGUCCACUAACUGCAGCAGGGAUCUAGUUUCAUCUUCACCUUUCUGUGCCUCUAAGGGGCUGGAUCACAAGUCUUUCCUAUGGCUGGGAUAUACAGCUCUACUCUGAAGACCCUGGAGGAUUUAACCUUAGACUCUGGUUAUGGGGCAGGGGAUUCCUGCAGAUCCCUUAGUCUCUCUUCUUCUAAGUCCAACUCCCAAGCCUUCACAUCAUCUCAGCACAGGGGCAACUGGUGGUACUAUUCAGGCUCCAUGAAUAGUAGGAAUAACAGCUGGGAUACAGUGAACACUGUUCUGCCAGAAGACCCCGAAGUUGCAGAUAUCUUUUCCAAGUGUCCUAAACUGCCAGAUCUAGAGGAAUUCCCUUGGACCGAUGAAGACAUUGGGAAAAUACUCAGAAAAGGAAAGGGGGAAGGAAAUACCAGAAACUUUUCUCAGGAAGCUGUCAGGAGACUCUCUCAGCUACUUAGGAGAGCCCUGAUCAGGAUCUCCAGGGAGGCCCAACGUCUGAGUGUGAUGCAUUCCAAAUGCACUAGAUUUGAGGUCCAAAGUGCCAUCAAGCUCAUCCAGAGCUGGUCAUUGUCAGAAAGCUGUGUCCUGGCUACUGUCAAGGCUCUUUCCCUGUACAGCAUGAGUGCAGGAGAUGGAUUGAGGAAAGGCAAGUCCUCCCGAUGUGGCCUCACCUUCUCAGUGGGGAGGUUUUUCAGGUGGAUGGUGGACACUAGGAUCUCGGUAAGGAUUCAUGAGUAUGCAGCUAUCUCUUUGACGUCUUGUUUGGAGAAUCUGGUGGAAGAAAUCAAAGGCAGGGUUCUAGCGAGUCAGAGCCCAGAUGGAGGAGGAGUGGGGGAGAUCUCCUCUGAAAUCCUUGAGAUGGUCAUCAACAAUGAUGCUGAACUUUGGGGAGUACUGCAGCCUUACGAGCAUCUCAUCUGUGGGAAAAAUGCUAAUGGUGUGCUGUCUCUGCCUGCCUACUUCAGCCCCUACAAUGAUGGCUCCAUAAGCAGUGAUGGACGGGCCGAUGCUUAUGCCCAGCUGGAGCUCCGAACCUUGGAACAGUCUCUCUUGGCAACUUGUGUUGGAAGCAUCUCAGAACUAAGUGACUUGGUAUCACGAGCAAUGCACCACAUGCAAUGUUUGACCACCCUCCGCCCCGGCAUGAGCCCUAUCCGGCAAACCAGGCAACAGCAGCCCAUUACCUGGUCCCCUGAUGCCCUCCAUACCCUUUACUACUUCCUACGCUGUCCUCAGAUGGAGUCCAUGGAGAACCCCAACCUGGAUCCGCCAAGGAUGACCCUGAACAAUGAACGGCCCUUCAUGCUUCUGCCCCCGCUGAUGGAGUGGAUGCGAGUGGCUAUCACCUACGCUGAGCAUCGGCGCAGUUUAACUGUGGACAGCGAUGAUAUCAGGCAGACGGCCAGGCUGCUCUUACCAGGACUGGACUGCGAACCACGGCAGCUGAAGCCUGAAUGCUGUUUUAGCUCCUUCCGAAGACUGGACGCUAAGGCUGCUACUGAAAAAUUCCAGCAGGACCUGGGUUUCCGAAUGUUAAAUUGUGGAAGGACUGAUCUGAUCAACCAAGCUAUAGAGGCGCUGGGACCUGAUGGGGUUAACACAAUGGAUGAUCAGGGUAUGACCCCACUAAUGUACGCCUGUGCUGCUGGAGACGAAGCCAUGGUCCAGAUGCUGAUUGAUGCUGGAGCAAAUUUGGAUAUACCAGUUCCUGGCAGCAAUCCCCGAUACCCCUCAGUCCAUCCCGACAGCCGGCACUGGACUGCGCUCACCUUUGCUGUUCUACAUGGACACAUCUCCGUAGUUCAGCUGCUCUUGGAUGCUGGUGCCCAUGUUGAGGGCUCCGCCGUUAACAGUGGUGAAGACAACUAUGCUGAGACCCCACUUCAACUGGCUUCAGCAGCAGGGAACUACGAGCUGGUCAGUUUGUUACUGAGCAGGGGCGCAGACCCCCUCCUGAGUAUGCUGGAAGUCAAUGGGAUGUCCUCAUCGCUUCACGAAGACAUGAACUGCUUUAGUCACUCAGCCGCACAUGGGCACAGAAACGUGCUACGCAAGCUCCUGACCCAGCCCCAGCAGUCGAAGGGAGAUGUUCUCUCGCUGGAGGAGAUUUUAGCUGAGGGAGUAGAGAGUGACACCUCCAGCCAGGACAGCUCCAACGAGGGGCAGGUCAGGCUGUGUAAAACCAGGAUGAAGGCCCUGCAGGAGGCUAUGUAUUACAGUGCUGAGCAUGGCUACGUGGACAUCACCAUGGAGCUCAGGGUACUCGGAAUCCCGUGGAAGCUUCAUGUGUGGAUUGAGUCAUUACGGACAACCUUCUACCAGUCUCGCUAUUCCGUCGUGCAGAACCUCUUAAGGGAGUUUGUGACUAUUAAGGAGGAGGACUAUAACGAAGAGCUGGUUAACGAAGGGCUGCAGCUAAUGUUUGAUAUCCUCAAGACCAGCAAAAAUGAUUCUAUCAACCAGCAGCUUGCAGCCAUCUUCACCCACUGCUACGGCAGCAGUCCUAUACCCAACAUUCCUGAAAUACAGAAGACGUUGCCGGCCCGGCUUGAUCCUCACUUUCUAAACAAUAAAGAAAUGUCUGAUGUAACUUUUCUAGUGGAAGGAAAGCUGUUUUAUGCACACAAAGUCCUGCUGGUUACUGCUUCCAACAGGUUUAAGACUCUGAUGACCAAUAAAACAGAACUAGACAGCCAAGGCAGUAAGACUGUUGAAAUUAGUGAUAUGAAAUACAAUAUUUUCAAGAUGCUGAUGCAGUAUUUAUAUUAUGGAGGAACAGAAUCUAUGGAAAUUCCCACAGCUGAUAUCCUAGAGCUGCUGUCUGCCGCCAGCCUGUUUCAACUGGAUGGCCUCCAAAGACACUGUGAAAUCUUAUGUGCCCAGACCAUCAGCAUGGAGAGCUCUGUUAACAUCUAUAAAUAUGCAAAGAUUCACAGUGCACCUGAACUGGCCUCGUUCUGCGAGGGCUUCUUCCUCAAACACAUGAACUCUCUGCUGGAACAGGACUCGUUCCGACAGCUCAUCUAUGGCAGGAACAGCAAGGUGCAGGGUCUGGACCCUCUGCGGGACCUGCAGACAACACUGGCCAGUCGACUGCAUUCUAUUUACAUCACUUCAAGAGUGUGAGGCGGGGGCAAAGCAGCAGCAGGAACACUAGGGCAUCCAGGUCUGUCUUAUGGAACCACCGGCUCAUGCUGAAAGUCCCCACAAGCUGACGCCCUUAGAGUAGUGAUUUCUCUGGGGAGCGUGUUAGGGUGCUGCAACAAAUCUAAUGACAAAGGCGAGGAGGUGGCUUUUUUCUUCUGUGCUGCACAGCAUCAGAGCGAUACCAGGACAGCACCAACAGGAAAAACUGAAGCAGCAACUGAAGAACCUGGCCCGAAAAGCGGAUCUACGCUGCCAUUUUCAUGAGCACAAGGUGAAAGCUGCUAGGGAAACAGAGUGCAGAUGCAGUGGAGUGAGGCCUAACAUUGGAGGUGUUUCUAACAUGCUAAUCUAAACCAUCUACCUACAAGCACCACUGGUGUAUAUACAAGGGUGUGUUGAUAGUCCUCUAAUCUCACGAACUUCUGAGCAUUCAGUCACCUGACUAAAGGCGUAUAGUAGUUAGCACACUCAGACUACCACUGUAGCUAUAAACACCAGUUUUACACAUGACAAAAAACUCUAGCAUUACUUCCCAUAAAUUCUUUGCACCUUAAGACGUACCUUCUCUCAGCCUUAUGGGUUACAAAGUGUGAGAGACUAAAAUAGGCCUCUACAAUUAUCUUUUUUCAGUAGCACCUACUUUGAAGAGUUUAGCCAAGUUUUGAUCUACUUGUCUGUGUUCAGUGGUGGCCAAUUGGAAAGAAAAUAGCCUAUCCUAUUUACACUGUAAAGGUUUGAUCAAAUGUCUUGUAGUGUCCAAGUCAUCCCCUCUUUAACCGUCUGGGAAUGGCACAUGGAGCACUCCUGCAUGAUUAAUGCAAUAAGAGGCGGUUUUCAAAAAUGCUGUGGCAGGAGGUACAGUAAAACCUAUUGCUGUGUUGAGGGGCCUACGUCCUAGUAUUGUGUGUACCACCUGGACUCCCGUAAAGCCAAGCAGAAAUGUACAGCUCAUUAUUCCUUGAUGCUGUACUCUCUCAUGCUGGAGGUGGCAUGGUGUAGAGAAACAUGGAUGAGAGGAAGGCCUGACGCCUAUGCUGGCUGACACAAACUUGUGGCCUUAGGCAAGUCAGUUCUCUCUACAGCUGUGGAGAUGGAAGUAAUGGGGAUACUGCCUCAUCUACACUACUUCCUGGGGCGGGGAGGGUAUACUGCAUAAUACUUGCACACCUUUGCUCUCUAUGUCUAGGAAACAUUGAGGUUGCAAUACUUAAAAACUAGAUACUUCAACCCUAGCACCUAAGAUUCACCAUGUUUUCUUAGACGUUUCUGCCCUUUGUAAGCUAUCAAACUUUAAAAAAAAAAAAAAAAA